AUGCUGUUCACCGCCCGCCCCAGCACCAUCACCUUCCAGGCCGAAAGGGACCCGUGGAGGGAGCAGAAGGAGCAGAGAGCCGCCUUGAUGGCGGGCAUUCUCAUCGGGGUGUACCUGAUCUGCUGGACCCCUUUCUUCAUCGCGGGGCUCAGCCCCCUCUGCUCCUGCGACCUCCCUGCCCUCUGGAAGAGCGUCUUCCUUUGGCUCGGCUACUCCAACUCCUUCCUCAACCCCCUGAUCUAUGCGGCUUUCAACAAGAGCUACAGCAACACCGUCCAGGGCUUCUUCUGUCGGCAUCACUGA